GCGAAAUCUUCCUUAGACCCUGCGUUUUCUUUUUCGCCAUCUUCACCUGUCUUGUACCUUGGCCUUCAACUGUGACUCUUCUCUUUAUCUCAUCUACACCUUCGUUCCUUUUCUGUCAACCCUCACAUCUACCUUGAUUGCUCGACGUUCAGAGCUUCUCAUACCGAGACGACCUAUUCAGGACUGGAAAAAAAAACAGAUUCACCAGAAACAUAAACCUUCGCCCACGCGACCUUGUAUCUAGCUUUGUUCCAGCACCCUCCAAAUCAUCCUUCGGCCUCGGCCUCAGUAACUCUACGACUCUCGACACCAUGAAAAUCUUCUCUUCGUCACAUACCUUUGAGUAUUCAUGGGAAGAGGUCAGCACCAACAACUGGCGGAAGUAUUGUCCAUGGAAUGACAAGGCCAACCACGUGCUUGCGGUGGACACGAUCUCUCGCCACAUUGAUGCCGACACUGGCAUCCUUCGAACCGAAAGACUCAUCACCUGCAAGCAGACUGCUCCCCAAUGGGUGUUGACUAUUCUGGGCGGAGACACCACCAGCCACGUUUACGAGGUAUCAUACGUCGAUCCACAACAGAAAAAGGUGACCAUGUGCAGCACCAACAUGACGUGGUCAAACCUGCUACAAUGUCGAGAAACCGUCAUCUACCAACAGAGCUCGGGAGAUCCACAUAGCAAGACGGACUUCAGACAAGAAGCUCAAAUUAUUGCUCUAUGUGGAGGUUGGCAAAAGAUUCGAACGAAAAUCGAGGAAGCUAGUGUGGAGCGAUUUCGAGAGAACGCAGCACGAGGACGAGAAGGAUUUGAGAUGGUCCUGGAGAUGUCCAGGCGAGUAUUUGGCGAAGAACGAGAAAGACUGAGGCUCGGCCAUGCAGUGACUGUAUGAUACACGAUGCGAGCGAGCGCAGUCAACUUCAGGGGAGCAAGUUGUAUUACGAACUUUGACGAACGUCGACUUCAGCGAUUGCAGAAACGGACAACAUGCCUUUGGCAUGUCUGGCCGGGGCUGAUUAGAAAAAAGUUGUGGGAGUUUUGAAUUCGAGCAAGGCGUUGGGCAGGUCAGGUGCAUUUUUUGGGUUGGUUCAUCGGACAGUGUGCAGCUAGCGCGACACUAUUAGACAUCCUCCCUCUGGUGCUGGUAUAUUAGAGUCAUAGACACAAGAGACACUCCGGCAACUGACGGGUUGAGGUAGACAACCACUCAAUUGGCUAUAAACAAAGAUGUAUUUGACAUUUUUAA